AUGCCACAGAAGUCGAUCAAAGUGUGCCUUCUUGGCUUUCGUUCACUGGCCCCUCUGGCGUACAGGUCUGCAGCCGCCGCACUCAUCGUUUAUGAUAUCACAAAUCAGGAUUCCUUCGAUGAGGUGGAUUUCUGGAUCUCAGAGCUGAGGAGCAUGGGCCCUGAGGAAAUCUUGAUUUAUGUGAUUGGGAACAAAGUAGACCUUGAAUCAUACCGUGUUGUCGACCGGGAAGUGGCAGAGAGUUACGCCCAAACCAAAGGAGUGUUUCACUUUCAUUCCAGCGCCAAGACUGGUCAGGGUGUCGACGAAAUCUUCUAUCAUAUCUGUCAAAAGACAAGAUCAAUACAAGAAAAUAGAUGCAAGAAUCGUCAGAGUACGGUCGAUGUCUCCAACUCUACCAAUUCCGAUGGAAACAGAGAAGGUGAUCGCGGUCGAUGUCGAUGUCAGAGCAAGUGA